AUGUCUCAAGCCAGCAUUGAUGACAUCAGACUUGGCUACUCUGAAGGCAAUAUGUUUCAUGGCAAGACUGAGGACUGGGGUUAUCUCAAUGAAGAUGGAGAGCUCGGCUUGGCUUAUCAAGGGCUAAAGCUCCUUGAAGCCCAGCUCCAGGAUCAGAGACGAGAGCACGAAGAAGAGGUGGAGGCUCUGAAAGCUCAGGUGGAAGCUAUGAGAGAGGAGAUGGAGAAACAGCAACAGGCCUUUUUCCAGACCCUUCAGCUCUCCCCAGAGGCCCAGGUGGAGUUUGGUCUUCAGCAAGAAAUCACACGUCUCACUAAUGAAAAUUUGGAUCUCAAAGAGUUGUUGGAAAAACUGGAAAAGAAUGAGAAGAAGCUUAAGAAACAGCUGAAGAUUUACAUGAAGAAGGUCCAAGAUUUUGAAGCAACCCAAGCAACGGUACAGACAGAGAGGAAGCGACAGGAGCUUACCAGGCAAGUCACUGUCCAAAGGAAGGAGAAGGAUUUCCAGGGGAUGUUGGAAUAUCACAAGGAAGAUGAGCCACUACUCGUCCGGAACCUCAUUACAGAUCUCAAGCCCCAGACCGUUUCCACCACAGUUCCCUGUCUUCCUGCUUACAUCCUCUACAUGUGCAUCAGACAUGCAGACUACGUCAACGAUGACCAAAAAGUGCACUCCUUGCUCACCUCGACCAUCAACGGCAUUAAGAAAGUAUUAAAGAAACACAAUGAUGACUUUCAGAUGACGUCGUUUUGGCUGGCUAACACGUGUCGCCUCUUGCAUUGCCUAAAGCAGUACAGCGGGGAUACGGGUUUUAUGACACAGAACACUGCAAAGCAGAAUGAGCACUGUCUGAAGAACUUUGAUCUCGCAGAGUAUCGCCAGGUUUUAAGUGACCUCUCCAUUCAGAUCUAUCAGCAGCUUAUUAAGAUAGCAGAAGGCAUGCUGCAACCCAUGAUAGUGUCAGCAAUGUUGGAAAACGAAAGCAUCCAGGGCCUCUCUGGUGUGAAGCCAAUGGGCUACAGGAAGCGCUCCUCCAGCAUGCCGGAUGGCGACAACACCUACAGCUUAGAUGCGGUCGUUCGCCAACUGAACACCUUUCACAGCAUCAUGUGUGAGCAGGGCCUGGACCCGGAGAUCAUCCAACAAGCCUUCAAGCAGCUGUUCUACAUGAUUAAUGCUGUCACGCUGAACAACCUCCUGCUGAGGAAGGACGUCUGCUCAUGGAGCACUGGCAUGCAGCUCAGGUUUAACAUCAGCCAGCUGGAGGAAUGGUUGCAUGGAAAGAACCUGCAACAAAGUGGAGCAGCACAGACCAUGGAGCCCCUGAUCCAGGCAGCACAACUUCUGCAGCUGAAAAAAAAAACUUCAGAAGAUGCUGAGGCCAUCUGUUCCUUAUGUACAUCCCUUACCACGCAGCAGAUUGUAAAAAUACUAAAUCUCUACACUCCUGUGAAUGAGUUUGAAGAGCGUGUGACUGUAGCCUUCAUAAGAAACAUUCAGGCGCAUUUGCAAGAGCGAAACGACCCUCCACAGUUGCUGCUAGACUUCAAAUACACGUUUCCAGUUUUGUUUCCAUUCAGCCCAUCCUCCAUCACCAUGGACUCUAUUCACAUCCCUGCUUCUCUCAACUUGGAAUUUCUCAAUAAAGUCUGAAGAAAAUAUAUUUAAACCUAUCUCCCUUCCUUAGAGAAUUUAAGCAAAAAAAAAAAUUAAAUUUAAGGAUUUCUUUAAAUAUGGACCAAACAAGAUGGUGAAAGAACUGAUAUGCAGUGAUGAAUCAGUGCUAAAAUGUACAGUAAAAUAAGAA